UGUGGUGCAUUUCGCUCUUUAUUGAUUGACACAGGUCCUUUGUUUCAAACACCUCUGUGAUCGGCCGUAAAAUGAAGAACAAGAGCGAACCAGCAAAUGUCAACGAUAGUUGAAAUAAUCUGGCAAUUGGUACGAAAAACAACUGGAAAUACGCAAUUGUAAAAUUGGGGCCCGCUAUAGAAAAAUUAAUAAUUUUAUUUUCGGUAAACAAAAUGUGCGUGGCAUAAAAGUGAAAUAUGCACAAAAAGCGUCGACGGAAAGUGGGUUGAAGAUUUAUUGGUUCAAGAGCAUUAGACGGAUUAGUUAUCUAUGUACAUAUCUACAUGUAUGUAUAUGUACAUCUUGUUUGUUCGUACAAACGUACAUAAAUGCGAUUUGGCAUUGGAAGAAAUUUAAUAUUAUGCUAUGAUGCAGAGUAAAAUAAAGACAAUUUAAAUGUUGGCCUGUGGAAAAUCUAAAUUAACGAAGGGUUAUUAAAAAAAAAUUUCUUAUUUUACUGCUAUGAAUCUGUUUCGGAGUUGGGCCGUAUUGAAAUCUUACUGGAUUUUUAGCUUUCACUUAUUGGAAUAAUAGCAGAACAACUGUCAUGUGCAAAAACAACACAAUACCAAAACAAGACCAACUGUCAAUGUGAAACAAUCGACUAACUGGACGGACGCAUAUCAGCAGUAGCAAUAACAAUAAUGGAACAACGCAUCAGAAUGCAUAGAUCGUGUGUCGUUUAAGAGGUUCCGCAGCACUAUACAUCUAAAGUGACUAGGCAAAGUUGUUGUAGUUGGAAAGGGUGGGCAACAGUAAAGGCAGAAUCACAUUGCGCGAAGAUACAACAUUUUAACCAAGUAGUUAAAGUAGACUUCAAUUUUGUCAAAGAUAAACAUACAUAUGUAUUACUAUUUGCAUGUAUGUACUUAUAUUUUAUAUAGACUGGCUUACCCAAAACAGUAUCGCAAAGCAAAUUGACGAAGGCUAUAAAAAGAAUAUUAUAUUUUAACGAUUCUGUUUUGGUCGUGUUUCGGAAGCCCCAUUACAAAAUAACAAAAAUUGAGAAGACGAAGUGUACUUACCUACUAAUUUAGAACAAUAUUCAGCAAAUGUUUUACGAGUAGCAUAAAAUAGUUUUGGACUGUGGAUAGCAACAUCUAAUUGAAUCAUACAUAUUUUUUCAUUGUCCAUUGGCUUGUUUACAUUUAGUAGUCUAGAUAAAGACGAAAGAGCAAGAACAACUAAGAUUUAAAACUACGAGUUCCAGCGAAUUUUUCACAAAAUAGAAUAACUAAUCUAUGAAUUUCGUGCAUAAUAAACCACAAGUAUGACUUCAGCUCUCCAAGAAGGAAGCGAACUUGGCUCCAUGGUGGAAAUAAUCACAUAAGAUUAAAUGUAACGGGAUUGCUCUAAGAUUUGUGAAAAUCAUAACAAAAUAUUUAGUACAAGUGGCUCAAUUUUAUAAUACUCACGACGCUAAAGUUGCCAUAGAGAAAAGUUAUAACAUAGAGGUUUAACAAAAGAUCCAUAUAAAAUAAUAACGUCAUACGGAGUAAAUGUCAUUUUUAAAUGUUGGAGAUUUUCUAAGAUUUCCUAUCCGUAAUAAGCCAUAGUAUAUUUAGAACUCUAUACAUAUUAUACGUAAAAUGGACACAUCAUUAACUCACCAACGAAAUCGACUGCAAUCAGCUUCGACCACAACAACUACUUCAGCAGCCAAUGUAGCGCCGUUGAGUAGCAGUAUCAGUGGCACCAGCGCAAUUCUAACGAAUCACAACAGCAAUAGUGUUGGAAACAUAGGUGCUAAUAGAGCUAUAGGAAGUGCCAGUGUAGCCAUAAUGACAGGGACUGGUGCUGUUAUACCGAUAAACCCGUUGUCACAGUUAUCAUCACAAUCAUCACCCUCAGAACGCAUUAGUUCAACGUCAUCAUUAGCGAAUCUCUUGGAUGGUUUUACAUCGCGUGUAUCUGGGGAUCGAGCUCAGAGCGCUGCCAGCACACCCAGUAGUAUCAGUUCACUGGGUACAACCGCAAAUGCCUUCUAUUCUUCUCUCGGCUUAGCUUUCAACUCCUUGACGUCUCCUAUCUCAACAGUAGCUGCUGCGGCUCAUGCGACAACGGCAGAAGCCGCCGCUGUCGUUGUUGCAGCUGCUUCAGCGCUCUCAAAUCAUCUUAGCUCACCGACAAGUGGCACACCUCCACAUAUGGAUGAAUUAGAUGAUGACGACGAUUGCGAGGAUGAUGACGAUGACAACGACGGUCAUGUGCCGGCGCCAACACCGAAGAAAACUUGGUCGGAGAUAAAAGCGAUUGUUAACGAUAUGCGCAAGCACCUGAUAAAUUUAUCCAGCAUGAUGCCAUCGAAUAUACAGUUCCGGACGUUAUCUGAUGGCCGGGUCCGCUGCUACUUUCUUAGUACCCCGCCAAAUGCGUGGGAGCCAACAUUGUUGUAUGCAGAUAUCAACAUGAAUGGAAAUGAAGACAUGGUAGCGGAAAACGAUUCGCCGACCACUGAGAUGAAUGGCGCAGCCAGCGACAGUGGUAUGGGGAUGGCUGCAGGUAGCGACGCAGGAGCAGAUGUUACGGGCAGCCGUUUGCCGUCGCCAACUUCUUCCCAAGCGUCUUCACCAACAUCGGCUGCCUCAUUUCCCACACAUAGUCAAAACAAAAGACUUCAAUGGAAGACAGUAUUACAGCAGCCAAUGUCGAGUGUGGCUGCUGGAACGGCUAGUGGCGGUGUAAAUCCAUGGUCAAGAGAAUUCCAGCUUUUGCAGGAGCGUAAACGACUGUCAACGUGGGGAAUUACUUCUUUUGAAUUGCAUAAGCCUAGCGGAAAGAUAGUGUUUCCCUGCUUCAGUGAUCUGUACCAAUGCCUUGACACAGGAUACACUAACUGGCCACUUUUUCCCACACAAUUGCGCACAUGCCCCCAAUGGGCUGCCCUGGAUCCGCAAAUAUGCCCACAAAACUCCGAUCUAAUUGCGUACAUUAGUGGCAGCGAUAUUUGGGUGACGCAUACAGUAAGUGGACAUGAAGAGCGUUUGACAUUCGCACACGAUGGCCGCCGCUCAAUUGCCGAUGAUCCGCUCAGUGCUGGUGUGCCAUCAUACAUAAUGCUGGAGGAGUUCAGUCGCUUUCAGGGAUACUGGUGGCAGCCGAAAUCCGAUGAUGGUGUUUAUCGUAUUGUUUAUGAGGAAGUGGAUGAGUCCGAUGUUUGCAUGUAUACAUUCCCAUCCUCACAGGCAAUGCCGGGAGAAAUGGAAGAAUAUCGUUUUCCACGCGCCGGUACAGCAAACGCCAAGUCAAAGUUGAAACUGGUGCAAUUCGUUCUAAACGAGUCGCUGCAAAUAAGCGAUGUUUGCAUAAAAGAUUUGCCGUAUACACUUUCGUUGGUGUUUCCAUGGCUGGAAUAUAUCGUACGCGUUGGAUGGACGCCCGAUUCUAACUAUGUUUGGAUGCAGGGCAUGAACCGCAAGCAACAACGCUUAGAUUUGGUGCUUAUACCGUUAGAUAAUUUCUGCGAAACCUAUACCAGCUCGGCAUCUUCGCCCUCCGGUUCAGCCGACCACAGCUGGAAGAGUCCAUACUGCCGAGCUGUAUCACCGCUACAGGUGAUUUACUCACAAACAUCAGACUCUUGGAUCAACGUGCAUGAUUUACUAUAUUUUUUGGAAAUAACCGAUACAACAGUGACCUUCUUGUGGGCAUCUGAAGAGACUGGCUUCAGACAUCUAUAUCUGGUCACUUCCAGUCUGGGCACAGAAACACUGAAUGGCUUCAAGGAUACCGCGAACAAUUUCGAAAUGAGUAGUCGCACAAACUCAACAUCUUCGGCUGCCUCUGCGAACAUGGAUAUGCAUACGGAUUUUAUCGAUAGUGUCACCCUGCAUCCUAGAAUAAUAAAUAAAGUUGCACUCACCUCUGGCGAAUGGGAGGUUCUGCAUCGAAACAUUUGGGUGGACAAAGCGCAACAGCUAGUAUAUUUCAUAGGUUUGCGAGAUACGCCACUGGAAAAACACUUGUACGUGGUGAGUUUGCAGAGGCCUGAACACAUACGCUUGCUCACUGAACCCGGCUACUCAUAUCAGGUGGAGUUUAAUGAGUCCUGUCAAUUAAUGUUGCAAGUUUAUUGUAACAUACAACGUCUGCCUUCAUGCAAAGUGAUGCGUGUCACACAAACUUGCCAGAACGGUGGUGUCAACGGCAUACAAUUGUCAAUGAUGGGCUACCUACACGAAGGUGGCAAGCCAGAACCACAAUAUUGCCCGCAAGUAUUCCGGCCACAAUUACCGUCGGGUGAAAUCGUAUACGCUAUGGUGUUCAAACCCCAUAAUUUCCAUCUUGGAAUAAAAUACCCAACAGUGCUAAAUGUGUACGGUGGUCCUGAGGUGCAGACAGUCAAUAACACAUUUAAAGGUAAGCAUCAGUUACGUAUGCACAUGCUGGCUGCACAAGGCUAUUGUGUGAUAUGCAUCGAUUCGCGCGGUUCACGGCAUCGCGGAUUGAAAUUCGAAACUCACAUACGCUGUCGCAUGGGUCAAGUGGAGCUGCACGACCAAGUUGCAGCGCUGCGUAUAUUGGCAGAUCAGCUAGGUUACAUCGAUAUGAGUCGUGUGGCUAUACACGGUUGGUCUUAUGGCGGUUAUCUCAGUUUAAUGGGACUAGUGCAGUAUCCGGACGUUUUUAAAAUUGCCAUUGCCGGGGCGCCAGUUACCAAUUGGGAGUAUUAUGACACGGGCUAUACGGAACGCUAUAUGGAUUUACCACAUAAUAACAAACGCGGAUAUACGGCGGGCUCUGUGCUUAAUUAUAUACAUGCAUUUCCCGAAGAAGAAAACCGUCUCUUGCUCAUACACGGCCUCAUCGAUGAGAACGUUCACUUCUAUCACACCUCUCAACUGAUAUCAGCUUUGAAUCGCGCAAACAAACCUUAUAACCUACAUGUAUUCCCCGAGGAGAGGCAUUCACUGCGGAAUUUGGAAUCGAAUAAAAAUUAUGAGACAAAAUUAUUGGCUUUCCUGCAAAAUUUAUGAAAUUGGCAACAGCAUAGCAUGUCAAUAACAUACACAAUGACAAUGACAACGAUGACGAUAGCAAUGUUAAUGAUUAUGGUGUCUUGAAGACAAUGCCUAUAGCUUAUUACACACACGACGACGGCGGCGGACAAUAUUUCCAAUGUUAACAGCUAAAAGCUUUGCAGUAGUAGGCAGCAGCAGAGUUUCAGCAGUAAAUAGGGGCACCAACAGCUGCUGAACUUUUUGGGCGAACAAUGUACUUUUAUUUUAUUUCAUACAACGGCAGGCAAACCAUUUAGCUCUUAAAUAAUUACAUAUUAUUAACAUUUUAUAAUUUGAUCUGUACAAUUAGAAAUUAUAGGUUAGUUAACAUUAGCGACACGAAUAAGCAAGGUUAAGAUUUGAUCAUCUGAUGUUACUUUUUGGUGAACAUAGGGAAAAGGCCAUUUUGAAUGUACUACAAGGCAAAAUACAACUAAAUAAAUUUCCAGAAAGUAUAUAUUUAACUCAAAUUGUAAAAAAUUGCAAUGGAUCAAGUGAAAACGUUAACUCCAAUUAGCGGUACUCAAUUGUACUCACUCGUCUCAAUUUAAUUGCAAGGAACUGAAGAAAAAUUCGUCAGAAAUUCAAAUAAUUUUAUUUGUACGAGUAUCUAAUGCUGCCAUUGCUUAGUGCUGCAAAAAGUAUAUUUGUAAACAUUUAAUUUAAUUUAUUGUAUGUACGUCUACUAAAAUGACCAUAACGAAUGUCAGCUAUGUAGCUGUGCACUUUAUUUCAGAGAUCGCAAAUAACAGUUAACCAGAAAAAUGUCUUUCCCUCACUUGUUUGAUGGUACUGUGCGAUAUGCAUUCGUCUGUUAUUUUACAAUCGGUCGCGGAUACAUUUUUAGGGCAAAAUUAUAUUUUUCGUCGGAUGUGCAUUGAAAAGUUAAUUGCUUUUGGGAAGUAGUUAUUUGCUAAGAAAAACAAUUUGGUUGUGCAAAACGGUCGCCUGCUUAGUUUCGGUUAUAUGUACAUAUUCGUGAUUAUGUUGGCGUGUAUAGUAUUAAAGAAAAUAGAAGUAAAAAACGCGUAGUUAGAUUUAAUGAUUUGUUACAAUGUGUAUUCUUUCUAUUUAGUGGCUGUAAAUAAAGGACAUUUUUAGAUUUAGAGAAAAAAGUGAAAAUUUUGCACAAAUUUUUUCGAAGACGCCGCGAAUAUUGUACAUAGAUAAUGAUAUCAUAUAACUUUAUUUAUCUUGAGCAAAAAAUACCAAUUAUGCUUGCUUUUAUUCCUUAGGCAUUGAUAAUAAAACGAAAUACUCCGGUUUAUUCGGGGUUUUUGAGACUUUUCGAUGUUUUCUAGGUUUUUCGGGACAGUUUAUUGUUUAUUUAAGGUAUUUUUUUUAGACUUUCUGGAGUUUUUUCCGAACAUUUCAUAUGUUUUUCGGGUUUCUUCAUACAAAUUUCAAGACUGUUAGGGAUUUUUUGGGGCUAUUUUGGGACUCCUCCCAUUUUAUUUUUUUAAGAUUUUUCGAAAUGCUUCGUAUUUAUUUUUCCGAAACUCUCGGCGUUUUUCGGGACCUUUCCGGAUUUACUCGUGUUUUAUUUUACGGAACCCUAUUAUUUCUUUGCUUUUUAUGAACGCCUAAAAAAUAAAAGCAAACAUUUCCGGUUGUUUUGUUUUAUAAAAAUGAAGAUUUUUUUCGUAUUCCUUUUUUUUUUUUAUAAUUAAAAACUAAUCGGUUCUUGGCUUAAAGUCAAAGUGGAGAACCACUGGGCUUUAAAUGAAAAAACUUAAAAUGCAAAGUUGGGCACUAAAAAUUUUCGUUUUAAAAAAAUGUACGCGGGAAGGUAUGCUGGGCAUAAAUACUGUGCAUAGCACAACCCUAGUUCACAAUUUCUCUGUCAAAAUGCUAGUUUAUUUCCACAUAACGUUUUCUUAUGACACAAAUUUUUCGACAUAAAGUUGACUAAGUUUUUUCUUUUUAUUAUAAAAUGCAUAAUAACUAUGGUCUGUGGUCAUGUCAAGAAUCACACAAAUGCAAUAGUAUUCUGUGCACUUUUAUCGUUCCUAAAACAAGUAAUAAAGUCUACAAAUUUCAAAACUCUAUUUUUUAUAUAGCAAAGGUUAUGAGUCUAGUCGAUUUAUAGAGAACUCUAUACUCAUACCUGCCAACACACUAUUCAAAAUGUACGCCUACUUUCAAGUUAAAGAAUUUGAGUCCUUUUUUAAAACAUAAAAAUGACAAAGGUUCGAUUAUGGACAGCAAUGCAACCUCAAUUGGGUUGCCGAUGGGCAACGCCUAUGAAAUGAAAAAGUAUGUAUGUAUAUUUUGAAUAGCAACCAAGACUUGAGCUGCAGACACACAACUGAAGUUCGGUUGCCAUGCGUAAUCGACCCAUAAAAGUGUCAACUGUUAUUGGCGAUCUCUGAUUUAUUUAAAAAUAAAUGGCUUGUAUGCCGACCAUAUAGCACAAGGCAAAAUAACUUUGAUAAAUCUAUUUUGUAUGUUUUAUGUUAAUGUACAUAUGUAUAACGUAUUACUUUUGACCCAUUCAAUGUUCAGAUUUAUAUCAUAUGUGCACGUUUCUCUUCUAAGAUCUUUUUCUAAGAAACGGUGUUCAAAUCCAUUUAUUAGUAUUUUGUAUGUAUGUACAUAUGCAUGUGGCAUGUGCCACACCAAACCAAUUAUACAUAUUGUAGGCGUAUUCAAAAUGAUUUUGUUCAACGGAAACUCCGCCGUUUGAAAAAUGAAGUGGUAAAACCAGAAUUUAAAAUAUUUAAUUUUCGAAUGCAACUUUUUGUAACCGAGACUUAUUUAACUUGAAUGUUAAAAUGCAAAUUUUCCUCCAUCAAAGCGUUUUAUAAAGCUUCAUCUGGAAUAGAAAUAUGAAUAGCUUAACUAAAAAAUUAAACUAGUUCGAAUUUGUUUUAAAUAGUUCUUAUGAACGGAAAUAGUCGCGGUAAAAUUAUUUGGAUUUUCUACUCUAAAAUUUGACCAUUUACAUAUAGUUUAGUCUUGCACCAGUAGGUCAUACCUUUUUCCUACUGUAACUGACAACACAAAUUUAAUAUAAUUAUACAACAAAAAUAAAAAUAUAUUACGUAUUCGACGAAAAACGAAAAUUAAGAUUUCACCCAUUGCUUAUGUAAAACGUUGCAAUAUUAAAUUAUAAAUUAAAUUUCUAUUUACUAUUUAUACGGAUGACUAAAUUCAUUAUUAUUCACUUUUACAUACAUUACGAACAUUUCGAACAUAGUCGCUCGUUUUAUAUAUAUAUAAACGCAAGUAUAAAUUAUAUUUAUUUAAAGAGACGAAACGUUAAUUAAAGAAAAUGUAAAGAAAAAUGUAAUAAACAGAUAUAAAAAAUUAAUGAUUCGUGAUUACUAUAGAAUUAUAUUACAUAUACAUAUAGAUAAACUUAACUCAUUAUGUUGAAUUCUAAGUUUACAAACACGUACAUAAAUAUAACAUUACGAAAUAAAAAAAAAACUAUAGUAAAUACAAAAUUAAAAA